GGACGGACCGGACCUGUUACUCAAAAGCACUCUGAGAUUUCUUGUACGUACAGUCGUCUUCGCGGGUGCAUCCAGAGUCGCCCCUCUAUUUACAGUAUGGCUUUCCUGGGGUGCAUCUUGGCAUAUUCCGUGAUCCAAUUAGCUACAAGUGCGCCAAUCCCAAUCGAAAUGGUUGACCUGACUUACACUUUCAACAACGACACCCUGCACUGGCCCGAAGAAAAAAAAUUCGAAAUCAAAGUGAAGAUUAACGGAACAACAGAUGGUGGAUAUUGGUUGCAGAUGGAAGAAUACAAUACUGGAAUACACGUCGGAACCCACAUGGACGCUCCCUGUCACUUUGCCAGGGGCCGCUGGACAGUAGACGAAAUUCCCCUCGACCACCUGAUAGCUCCGGCAGCCGUCAUCGACAUCACGCGAAAAGCAGAACAAAACCGGGACUAUUUAGUCACCAUCAAAGACCUGGAGGAAUGGGAAAGGCGCACGCAGCACAGCUUGGAUGGAACGAUCAUUGUCCUCAAGUCAGGUUGGGGAAGUCGCUGGGGCAAUAAAGAAGCCUUCACGGGAACGCCCAACAACGACGUUAGCAAGCUCCAUUUCCCUGGCAUGUCCCAAGAAGCAGCCAAGUGGUUGGUGGACAACAGAAGCAUCUUUGGACUGGGCACCGAAGCGUUGUCGUUGGACCACGGACCCAGCAGAGACUUCAUGGCCCACAGGAAUCUUCUGGGGGCCAAUAUAUUUGGUUUGGAGAAUAUGGCAAACGUGAAGGACUUGCCCAUGAUUGGUGCCAUGCUGUAUGUCAUGCCCAUGAAAAUUGGUAGAGCAAGUGGAGCUCCCGUAAGGAUCAUUGCGACGUAUCCUAAAGUCAUGUUCCCUCAAAGGGACGGGAAAGCAGUGGGAGAUGGAACCCUGCGUGAAGUCAUAAUUUUCAGUUAGUCCCGAAAAAGGAUCUAGAUUGAAAAGAUGGUUUUCAGUGAUUCAUUGUAACACGGAUCUAAAAUCAGGAAUUCAUUUCAGGUUCUUUCAAGAACGGUUUAGGAAAACAGAAUGCCAUUUAAUCAAAUGACGUAGUUAUAAAAUAUGUAUGAACAUACAAAAAAGAACAUAGCGCUAUAAUACGUAAAUACAUUUUUUUAACAAAAAAAAAAAAAAACUCUCAUUAUUAAUUAAACAUAAAAGAAAAAAUGAAAAAUAUUUACAGUACUGUACGUGACUAUUGAACAGUAACUAAACUAAGAAAAUUGAGCGAACUUAUGGAAAGUACACCGAUUCACGCGAAGAAAGUUGAAUUUAUUUCUGUAAAGAAAACCCGACUUGAACUCAUUUCUAAAGAUCAAUGAUUUUCGGCUGAGCGAGAUUGAAAUGUGCGUUCGGACAUUUAACGUUUCGGAUUUUUGACCUUCGGAUAUUUGACAUUUUACUGCAUUUUGAAUUUGGCUAAUUUUCAACUACUGAACCUGCGUAGCAUUUGAGAGUAUGAUUGCAAAGUUUUUGGGUAAUGAUAUUUGCGAAGAACUUUUGUUUCGAUCUAGGGAGCUCAAUCAAGUUCGAUCGAAUCGAAUAUGAUCAAUUGCGUAGCCAGAAAUUUCCUUUGCUCCAACCAAAAAGUUUCUCCCUACGCAUCUGGUAGAUAGAAUUCAAUCCUAUCGAACAAAAUCGAGUUGAAUGAGUCCCUUUGUAUUGCAUCCCGAUUAGUUGUUCCGUUUUUGCUAUGAAUUGCAGAUGAAAAAAAUAUUGCUGUAAAUAAAUUUGUUCAAAUCAA